CACGCGGGAAAACCCUGGCGAGACAGCGGGGGAACCAACAGUUAGCGUCUUAACGUCUUAUGUAGGUUAGUGAUCUACCAUUACUUAGAUGUUGGAUGAUACUUACCCCAAUUAAUAGCUAUCGAUCGAUUGAAAUGUCGAGCCCUAUGAGACCACCUACAACACCAGGCAUUCCAGAUGAAGAACAAGUGCCAAGUAAUGAAAAGCAAAGAAUACAGUCGAGGAUUCCGUCAUCGAAUACUUCUCAAAGUAUUACUCCCAGGAAGAUGUCUUACCAACAAGGCUUACAAAGAGCUUCAGUGCCUUCAUUAGUAUCUACUCCUCAACGGCGCCAUGGGAGUCAACGUGUUACUCAAGAAACCAUUGCAGCUUCGUCGGAGGGUCCAGCUUCGAUUCCCGCCAGUUCACCCAAUCGAAUUCUGCAGACAAGUCCUACGGCUGGGAUGAGUGACGUCGACUUGUCGUCACCACUCAAUUAUGGUACGCCAAGUUCGUUGGGAUCCAUCAGGACUCCAAGGAGUGGAAUUCGGGGGACUCCAGUUAGACAGAGAGCUGACAUCAGAACAGAUAAAAGGAUUCGACAAGUCAAUGUCGCUGAACCGAUUCCAGAGGAAGUUAAUGGAACAAAAACUUCUGAAAGCGAAUCCGCAGGUCCUCAGCUUGUUAUCUGGGGAACCAAUGUUGUGGUGAAUCGGUGCAAGGAACAGUUCAAGCAUUUUAUUCAACGCUUUAUUGAUCCUGAUCCCGAAAAUGAUGAAUUGACCGACGAUUUGAACAGGAGUGAACCCCUAUAUCUCCAAAAGCUUCAAGAAAUCCAUACACUCGAAGAGCCAUACCUCAAUAUCAAUUGUGCCCACCUAGAGAGUUUUGAUGAACAAUUCUACCAGCAGCUCAUCUGCUAUCCUCAAGAGGUUAUUCCCACAAUGGAUAUGGCAGCUAAUGAAAUGUUCUUUGAGAAAUUUCCCGCUGCAGUACUGGAACAUCAGAUACAAGUAAGACCCUUCAAUGUCGCGAAAACUAAGAAUAUGAGGAUGUUGAAUCCAGAAGAUAUUGAUCAGCUGAUAACGAUCUGUGGAAUGGUUAUAAGGACAUCGAAUGUAAUGCCAGAAAUGAGGGAGGCCUUUUUUAGAUGCAUUGUUUGCUUGUUUUCAACAAUGGUGGAAGUUGAUCGAGGUAGAAUAGCCGAACCAACUGUCUGCACCCAUUGCAAUAAUAAUUAUUGCUUCAGCCUCAUUCAUAAUCGUAGUCAUUUUUCGGAUAAACAAAUGAUCAAGCUACAAGAAUCUCCGGAUGAUAUGGCUGCUGGACAGACACCCCAUACUGUGCUUUGUUUUGCACAUAACGAUCUCGUUGACGCUGUAUCCCCUGGUGAUCGCGUUUCUGUUACUGGAAUUUAUCGAGCCAUGCCCAUUCAACUUAAUCCCAGAAUGUCUAAUGUUCGCGCUGUUUAUAAGACUCAUAUUGAUGUUGUCCACUUCAGGAAACAAGAUGCACAGAGGUUGUACGAGCAGGAAGAAGGUAAAGAUCACAUCUUCCCUGAAGAGAGGUUGAAACUCUUGAAAGAACUAUCGUUAAAAGAAGAUGUAUACGAACGCCUUGCUCGUUGCAUUGCACCAAGUAUCUACGAAAAUGAGGAUAUAAAAAAGGGAAUACUGCUUCAGUUGUUCGGUGGCACGAAGAAAACACAUGUGACAUCAGGGAGAACUCAUUUCCGUUCAGAGCUAAAUAUUUUACUCUGUGGAGAUCCUGGUACCAGUAAAUCGCAGUUGCUGCAGUUUGUUUUCAAUUUAGUUCCACGAUCACAGUAUAGCAGUGGGAAAGGAUCUAGUGCGGUAGGUUUAACUGCUUAUGUUACAAAAGAUCCGGAAACCCGCCAGCUUGUACUUCAAACUGGAGCGUUGGUUCUUGCCGAUAAUGGUAUUUGCUGCAUUGAUGAAUUCGAUAAAAUGAAUGACAGCACUCGUUCUGUGUUACACGAAGUCAUGGAGCAACAGACGCUUAGUAUUGCGAAAGCCGGUAUUAUCUGUCAGUUGAAUGCUCGUACAAGUAUUUUGGCUGCAGCCAAUCCCGACGAGUCUCAGUGGAAUAAAAAUAAAACGGUAAUUGAGAAUGUGAAGCUGCCGCAUACAUUGAUGUCUCGUUUCGAUUUAAUAUUCUUAAUGUUGGAUCCUCAAAGUGAGCAGUUCGAUCGGAAAUUGGCUAAACAUUUGGUGUCGCUGUACCUCACGGAUGAAGAAGAACCGGAGGAUGAAAUUUUCGACUUGGGGAUUCUGCGCGAUUAUCUUGCAUUUGCCAAGGAACACAUCCAUCCUACUUUGAGUGAAGAAGCUCAGCAACGUUUGGUUCAAGCAUAUGUAGACAUGAGAAGAGUUGGGAGUGGUAGAGGCCAAAUAACGGCUUAUCCGAGGCAACUAGAGUCACUCAUUCGUUUGUCAGAGGCUCAUGCUAAAGUCCGCUUCAGUCAGGUUGUAGAAGUCGUGGAUGUGGAAGAAGCAUGGAGGCUGCAUCGGGAAGCAUUGAAACAGUCGGCCGUUGAUCCAUUGAGUGGAAAAAUCGAUGUCAGUAUUUUGACGACGGGUAUUUCAGCAGCUGCGAGAAAACGACGGAAUGAAGUGACAGAAGCGCUAAGGAAAUUGAUUGAAUCAAAAGGGAAAGUUGCUUCGCUCAAUUAUCAAAAGAUUCUAAGCGAAUUGAAAGAGAGUAUGGAAAUUCUGGUAACGCGAGACAUGUUUGAGGAUUCCCUGAAAGAACUGCAGGAUAACGGCUUUGUUAUGGUUGUUGGGAGGAAUACUAUUCGUGUCUGCUAAUCAUAUUGUCAGUUGUUACGGCUGUGUAACCUGACUCCUGAAUUAUUGAUAUCAAUCGUCUGUCGAAUAGCACAGGUUCAUUGAAGGUCCUGUCAUUUUUCUUGUAUUGAACUUUAUUGUCAUUUCUACUCAAAAUUGUUUGUUCAAACGAAUCGAAUGGAUGCUUCAUAUUUCACCAUAAGUGUUACAUUUUUUUACCAUUGUAAUGAAUAAUUUUUGUGUUACUUGCUAAUAAACAUAAUUUUUUGAUU